AUGACAGAAGUCUGUAAUGUCAAUGUAGUGUCAUCAGUUAACCUCAGGGCUUCAAGUACAUUAAUUGAUGCUUCAAGUGCACAAGAGGAUGCUUCAAGUGCACAAGAGGAUGCUUCAAGUGCACAAGAGGAUGCUUCAAGUGCACAAGAGGAUGCUUCAAGUGCACAAGAGGAUGCUUCAAAUGCACAAGAGGAUGCUUUAAGUGCACAAGAAGAUGCUUCAAGUGCAAAAAAGGAUGCUUCAAGUACACAAGAGGAUGCUUCAAGUGCACAAGAGGAUGCUUCAAGUGCACAAGAGGAUGCUUCAAGUGCACAAGAGGAUGCUUCAAGUGCACAAGAGGAUGCUUCAAAUGCACAAGAGGAUGCUUCAAGUGCACAAGAGGAUGCUUUAAGUGCACAAGAAGAUGCUUCAAGUGCAAAAAAGGAUGCUUCAAGUACACAAGAGGAUGCUUCAAGUGCACAAGAGGAUGCUUCAAGUGCACAAGAGGAUGCUUCAAGUGCACAAGAGGAUGCUUCAAGUGUACAAGAGGAUGCUUCAAGUGCACAAGAGGAUGCUUCAAGUGCACAAGAGGAUGCCCUCAUGUCUGAAGAUCCUGCAUCAUCAUUGAACAUCAUCACAGAGACCCAGCCCUCACACUCACAGCAUCACAGAGACCCAGCCCUCACACUCACAGCAUCACAGAGACCCAGCCCUCACACUCACAGCAUCACAGAGACUCAGCCCUCACACUCACAGCAUCACAGAGACCCAGCCCUCACACUCACAGCAUCACAGAGACCCAGCCCUCACACUCACAGCAUCACAGAGACCCAGCCCUCACACUCACAGCAUCACAGAGACCCAGCCCUCACACACACAGCAUCACAGAGACCCAGCCUUCACACUCACAGCAUCACAGAGACCCAGCCCUCACACUCACAGCAUCACAGAGACCCAGCCCUCACACUCACAGCAUCACAGAGACCCAGCCCUCACACUCACAGCAUCACAGAGACCCAGCCCUCACACUCACAGCAUCACGGAGACCCAGCCCUCACACUCACAGCAUCACAGAGAACCGGCACCUCAAUAUUCAUCAAAUCAUCUACAUGA